AUGUCUAUCGUACCCUUUGAUAAAUUCUCGCGGUUUUUUAGGAUCAUCUCCCAACAUGGCGGCAUCAUCAAUUCUAUUCUGGAUUUGUGGAGGCACGAUACCUUGAAGGAAGGGAUGCUGGUGGGCGUUGACAGCAUGGGCAACAAGUACUACCAGAACUGCAACUACAUGCUGGGUCGCAACCGCUGGGUUAUCUACAAUUCCAACGUCAAGUUCGAGUAUGACGCCAGUCAGGUGUCCCCCGAGUGGUACGGCUGGCUUCAUUACAAGACCGACUGCAAGCCGUGCGAGGACCUGGCCAAGUACUGCCUCUGCUGCUGCAGCUGGUACCACCGCUGGCUGCUUCCCCACCAGGAGAACGCGACUGGCACCGAGCAGGCGUACUACCCUUACAGCACUGUUGUUCAGCCCAUAUCUGUUUGGAACGGUUCCCCCAGCGCGGGGGGCGUGUCGGGAGGCGGGGCAGCCACCUCCUGGCUCCUGGUGCUCGGAGCGCACCAGUCGGCCGGCGACCUCCGGCAGCGCGCGGUGUGA